AUGGAUCGCGUGGAUGGGACUGUUGUUAUCUUCGACAUUGAGACAAACGGUGUCGCUCGCAAGCUCCAGGGCCACACUCGACAAAUUCAGUCUCUCAGUCUGCUGUUCGUGGCCUCAUUGUUCGAAGAUCAGCCCGUGCUUGUUGACAUAUCUACCUCCAAGACCGUAAAGCGAAUAAUACCCUCUGCGCCCUUACGCGCUCAUUCAGCAAAUGGUAAUGAGAUUGAUCCGGCCACCGCCGCUAAACAAGCCGCCCAGGACGCCAAACACUCGACUUGCGUCACGAUAUUUACAGCAUUUGGCAACCAUAUUAUUGCGGGCACCUCCAAGGGUUGGAUAAAUAUCAUUGAGACGGAAACAUGCAAGACCAUUCAUUCUACGCGCCUCUGCAAUGGUGUUGUCAUUCUCGCCCGCCUCGCCAAAAAUGGACGAGAUCUCCUCAUUAACAGCUCGGAUCGGGUCAUUCGCACGGUUGUCAUGCCUGAUUUGUCUCAACUAGGAGUCGCCUUCGAGUGCUCUGCCAUAAAACUACAAGUGGAACAUAAGUUCCAAGACGUUGUGAACAGGCUUAGCUGGAAUCAUGUCACUUUCUCUUCCACUGGCGAGUUCGUUACGGCGACGACCUUCAUGAACCCAGAUAUCUAUGUCUGGGAACGCAGCCAUGGCUCUCUUGUGAAGAUUCUUGAGGGCCCAAAGGAGGAACUCGGUGUUGUGGAAUGGCAUCCCUCUCGACCUAUGGUAGUCGCUUGUGGUCUCGAGUCUGGCUGCAUAUACAUUUGGUCGAUUAUCAGCCCGCAAAAGUGGUCUGCGCUGGCACCAGACUUUGGCGAGGUGGAGGAGAAUGUGGAGUAUGUGGAGAGAGAGGAUGAGUUUGACGUCCACCCCGCCGAUCAAGUGCAUCAACGCCGCUUGGAUUUAGAAGACGAAGAACCGGAUGUUGUCACCUUGGACCGGGUUGAAGAUAUUAUUGACGUGAACCAAUCUGGUGCCUUUGGGGUGCCAGUCCUCCUCGACAUCUCUGAUAGCGAGAGUGAAGAGGACAUUAUUGCUGUCGGCCCUGCCGUCGUCGAUGAAAAGGUCGGCAAACAUUCGAGCUCACCCAAGCCCAAGGAGCCUGGCACACCAGAAACGAGUGUCAGUGCCCAGGGCGGACAAAUGGGAUAUGCAGGUUUGAUUGUUGACGCGGAAAAGCCUACUGGUAUCAUCGGGUAUACACUAUACUACGGUCGGCGGACUUUCCGGUUGCUUUUCCUGAACGGCCCAACCUCUACCGACGAAGGACCGAAGAUCAGCCGCCCUGUCGCGCUGGCCGUCGACGAGCUUGAGAAAGCAGCCGAAGAAGAUCAUGAUCCGGAUGCAAUGUACCUCUUGGCGGACAUGAACUUCUAUGGCAAUUUCACCCAUCCACGAAACAUCAGCGCCGCGUUCCAUUGGUACAAUGAGCUAGCCGCUCUGACAGGCAACAGUACUGCUCAGUCAAUGGUCGGGUUCAUGUAUGCGACAGGGCUUGGAGGCGCCGUCGAGCGCGACCAAGCCAGGGCCCUCGUGUAUCAUGAGUUUGCCGCUGAGGGAGGUAACACUCGAUCUGAGAUGACUUUGGCAUACCGCUAUCACACCGGAAUUGGCACCCCCAAGAAUUGCGAGGAGGCGGUCAAGUACUACAAGAGGGUCGCUGACAAGGCUAUCCAAUACUAUCGUUCAGGGCCCCCUGGUGGACAUGCGAUGACGAAAGAGUCUUAUCGCUGGGCCGACGAAGAAGGCGGCGUAUAUGGCGAAGGUGCCAGUGUUUCAAGUGCCGGGCACAAUGCUCGCGAUCCGAGUCAUACAGCUACCGUUUCGAGCAUCGAAGAUGUCAUCGAAUAUUUGGAUCUCAUGGUUCGGAAAGGCGAUCUCAAGGCUACUUUCACCUUAGGCAAGAUGAAUUAUGAAGGUGCGCGCGGGUUGCCUCGAAAUUUCAAGAAGGCCAUGAAGUACUUCAGAGCCGUCACAAAGCGCUACUGGAAUUCAGACGGCUCGUUUGUUGCAAACCCCUCUUCUGGACUUGACAAGCUGGCUGCCAAGGCGGCUGGACAUAUUGGCUUGAUGUACCUGCGCGGUGAAGGCGUUGAUCAGCACAUGGGUCAUGCCCUGACGUGGUUCCGCCGCGGGGUCAAAAAUGGGGACGGUCUCUGUCAAUAUGAGAUGGGCUUGAUGUACCUGCAUGGAUAUGGUGUACCGAAGGAUGCCUACAAGGCGGCCUCAUACUUCAAAUCUGCUGCCGAACAAGACAAUCCAGCUGCGGAGACACGACUUGGGGCGCUCUUCCUGGACCAAGGAGAUGUCGCCGCCGCAUCCCGUUAUUUUGAGCUCGCAGCUCGUUGGGGAUGGAUGGAAGCUUACUAUUAUCUCGCCGAGAUGGCGAACUUCGGUGUCGGAAGACAGCCUCACUGUGGCGUUGCUGCGGCCUACUAUAAGAUGGUCGCUGAAAAGGCAGAAGUCAUCCAUUCUGCCUUUGCUGAAUCGAAUGAAGCCUAUGAAAAUGGGGAUAAAGAAGGUGCUCUCAUACCAGCUAUGCUAGCCGCUGAGCAAGGAUAUGAGCAUGCACAGGCAAACGUAGCAUAUCUGCUUGACGAACAGCGUUCGCUAUUCUCAUUGAGCCGCUUUUGGCCGUGGGCGCAGACGACUCGCGCCAAUCUCAUGAGGAACACUGCAUUGGCCUUGAUAUAUUGGACAAGAUCAGCUAAACAGUCCAAUAUCGAUUCCUUGAUUAAGAUGGGUGACUACUACCUACGCGGCACUGGCGUGCUGGCCGAUCCAGAGAAAGCCUCGACUUGCUACCAUAACGCAGCCGAAGCCCACCAUAGUGCCCAGGCUUACUGGAAUCUCGGAUGGAUGCAUGAGAAUGGUGUCGCCGUUGCACAAGAUUUCCAUAUGGCCAAGAGGUACUACGAUCUUGCGCUCGUCACCAACCGCGAAGCGUACCUGCCUGUCAAGCUAAGUCUUCUAAAACUCCGGGCACGAGGCUUCUGGAACCGCAUAACGAACGGGAAUAUUAAUCCUAUUCGCGACGAGGAAUCGAGGCCAAGUCGUACUUUGAAGGAAUGGAUCGCCGCUUUCAUUGAAAAUGACGUUGCCGACUAUUACAACGAUCUUUACGAAGGUCGCGAAGACGACGACGACUUCAUGGCGCCUGUCCAGUCAGAUCAGGGGGAUGGCUACUACGAUGAUCUAGAUCUCGACAUCGACGACGCUGUUCUUGAGGGACUGCUGAUCGUCGGACUGGCUGCAACGCUACUUGUGCUCGUUUACGUUCGCCAGCAACAGCAACGCAACCGCGAGAACGCGAAUGCAGCUAAUCAGGCAGCGAACGCCAAUGGCGGUGGCAACGAAAUGGAGAACAACAACAACGACCGCGGGCUUUUCCCGCAGCCGGGUGAGCCAGAAUUUGCACAGUGGGUGGCCGGUGGGGUAGGCCAUUGA